CUUCUUUAGCAACAACGCGACUCUCAUCCAAGCUCACAUUAAGAUCGUACCCAUUAUCCUUUGCUUGACACCAUCAUGUCGUCAAGCAUCGAGCUCAUCAACCCGAAGGCUGAGAGCGUUCGCCGAGCCGCCGCGCUCCAGGUCAAUACCAAUGGAGCAAUGGGCCUCGCAAACGUGGUCAAGGGCAAUCUCGGUCCUAGAGGCACACUUAAGAUGCUCGUAGAUGGAUCAGGGCAGAUCAAAAUGACGAAAGACGGCAAGGUCCUCCUGUCAGAAAUGCAGAUUCAAAAUCCUACCGCAGCCAUGAUCGCGCGAACGGCUGUUGCUCAGGACGAUCAAGUAGGAGACGGAACAACCUCUGUUGUCCUAUUGGUGGGCGAACUCCUCAAGCAGGCCGAUCGGUACAUCUCGGAAGGUGUCCACCCGACAGUGAUUGCGGAAGGAUUUGAUUUGGCGAAGAAGGAGUCAUUGGCGUUCCUCGACACGUUCAAGCAACCGUCGCAAUUAGACCGACCUACCCUAGUCAACGUCGCCUACACAUCACUAUCAACAAAAUUACAUGCAUCUUUGGCCAAGCAGCUGGCCCCAGAUGUGGUAGACGCCGUGCUGACAAUCAGACCUCCGCCUCCCCCUAAAGACGCAAAAGAUCAAUACCAAGAUCCUAUCGACCUCCACAUGGUCGAGAUCAUGAAAAUGCAGCAUCGAACCGCGUCAGAGACACAGCUCGUGCGCGGACUCGUGCUCGAUCAUGGAGCCCGACACCCGGACAUGCCAAAACGUGUUGAAAAUGCGUUUAUUCUAACGCUAAACGUCAGUCUCGAAUACGAAAAAACGGAGGUCAACUCUGGAUUCUUCUACUCUUCUGCCGAACAGCGGGAGAAGUUAGUGGAAUCGGAACGCCGUCAUGUAGAUGCCAAAGUCAAGAAGAUUGUGGAGCUCAAAAACCUUGUUUGCGACCAGGCUGUCGACGGAAAGGAAAAACAGAAGCAGUUUGUUGUGAUUAACCAGAAAGGUAUCGACCCUCUCAGUCUAGACAUCCUGGCAAAGAACGGCAUCCUUGCCCUGCGUCGCGCGAAGCGAAGAAACAUGGAACGUCUGCAGCUCAUUUGCGGCGGCACAGCCCAGAACUCUGUCGAUGACCUCACCCCAGAUAUUCUUGGAUGGGCCGGAUUGGUCUAUGAACACACUUUGGGUGAAGAGAGGUAUACGUUCGUCGAGGAAGUGAAGGAACCAAGAAGUGUCACCCUUCUCAUCAAGGGACCCAAUGCCCACACGAUCCAGCAAAUCCAGGACGCGCUUCGGGAUGGACUUCGUGCCGUGAAGAAUGCGUUAGAAGAUGCCUCCCUCAUUCCUGGUGCCGGCGCGUUUGAGAUCGCGUGUUCAGCACACCUGAGCGGACCCGUCAAAAGGUCCGCGAAGGGCCGGGUCAAAAUGGGGGUGCAGGCAUACGCGGACGCACUACUGGUCAUCCCGAAGACCCUCAUUCAGAACGGAGGCUUUGAUGUGCAGGACGUCAUCAAUGAGCUGAUCGACCAACAAGCCGAAGGUAACAUUGUUGGGGUUGAGCUAUCCGCUGGCGAACCGUUUGAUCCGACGGUGGAGGGAGUUUGGGACAAUUACCGCGUGAAAAGGCAGAUGCUUCAUUCAUGCUCGGUGAUUGCUGUGAACCUUCUGUCAACGGACGAAAUCCUUCGGGCAGGCCGGAGCUCGUUAAAGCCUGACGGGGAAUCAUGACCUUAGAGCAGUGCAGGUGGCGACGGAAAGGCACCGCGCCCUUCCGCCCUUAAAAUUCUUGUCGCGUACAUCGCGGUUUUCAUGCUGCCCAAUCGACCUCUCAAUUAUGAAAAUUUGUUUGGUAAUGUCACC